GGGCCCCCCCCAGCUAUGGAUGAGCGGCUGCUGGGGCCGCCCCCUCCAGGCGGGGGCCGGGGGGGUCUGGGAUUGGUGAGUGGGGAGCCUGGGGGCCCUGGCGAGCCUCCCGGUGGCGGAGACCCCGGUGGGGGCAGCGGGGGGGUCCCGGGAGGCCGAGGGAAGCAAGACAUCGGGGACAUUCUGCAGCAGAUAAUGACCAUCACCGACCAGAGCCUGGACGAGGCCCAGGCCAAGAAACACGCCCUAAAUUGCCACCGAAUGAAGCCUGCUCUCUUUAGCGUCCUGUGUGAAAUCAAGGAGAAAACCGGCCUCAGCAUCCGAAGCUCCCAAGAGGAGGAGCCGGUGGACCCGCAGCUGAUGCGCUUGGACAACAUGCUUCUGGCAGAGGGUGUGGCUGGACCUGAGAAAGGAGGGGGCUCAGCAGCAGCAGCUGCAGCAGCUGCAGCCUCUGGGGGUGGCGUAUCCCCUGACAACUCCAUUGAGCACUCGGACUAUCGCAGCAAACUUGCCCAGAUUCGCCACAUCUACCACUCAGAGCUGGAGAAGUAUGAGCAGGCAUGUAAUGAGUUCACGACCCACGUCAUGAAUCUGCUGAGGGAGCAGAGCCGUACGCGGCCUGUGGCACCCAAGGAAAUGGAGCGCAUGGUGAGCAUCAUCCAUCGAAAGUUCAGCGCCAUCCAGAUGCAGCUCAAGCAGAGCACCUGUGAGGCCGUCAUGAUCCUGCGUUCCCGCUUCCUGGAUGCCAGGCGAAAACGCCGGAACUUCAGCAAACAGGCCACCGAGGUCCUAAAUGAGUACUUCUACUCCCACCUGAGUAACCCCUAUCCUAGCGAGGAGGCUAAGGAGGAGCUCGCCAAGAAGUGUGGCAUUACUGUCUCUCAGGUCUCCAACUGGUUUGGCAACAAACGGAUUCGCUAUAAGAAAAACAUUGGAAAAUUCCAAGAGGAGGCAAACAUCUAUGCUGUUAAGACUGCAGUGUCAGUCACUCAGGGGGGCCACAGCCGCACCAGCUCCCCGACACCCCCUUCCUCUGCAGGCUCUGGCGGCUCUUUCAAUCUCUCAGGAUCCGGAGACAUGUUUCUGGGGAUGCCUGGGCUCAACGGAGAUUCCUAUUCUGCUUCCCAGGUGGAAUCACUCCGACACUCGAUGGGGCCUGGAGGCUAUGGGGAUAACCUUGGGGGAGGCCAGAUGUACAGCCCCCGGGAAAUGAGGGCAAAUGGCGGCUGGCAGGAGGCUGUAACCCCAUCCUCAGUGACAUCCCCAACAGAGGGACCAGGGAGCGUUCACUCCGACACUUCCAACUGAUCUUGCCCCUCAGGGCCACAGGGGCAGGGGCUCACAAGGCGACUCUUGAAGAAGAUGUAGGCAUCCAGAGGACAAACCCCAGACACAGGAGAAGCACAAGACAGAGAAGGGCAAAUGGGGUCUUCCCCUCCCGGACUGGACUCUCAGUGCUGGGGGUGGUGUAACUACAUGGCAGGGAGAAUGGGGUCCCCUAAGGGGACAGUGGGGUCUGUCUCCCCCUUUUUUCCUCCUUUCAGCCUUUUUCUCCCCCCUUUAUAUCUUACACAGAAACACACUCCCAGAAACCUGUUUUUCAGACCUCUCACGGACACAUACAACUAUUCUGUUUCUCUCCCAUGCUCUCUCUCUGGCCUCCUCCUACUUCCCCUCCCACCCCACUUAUCUACUCCGGAAUCUGUGGAGACACCAGCCCUGCCCAACCAGAGAUGCCAAAAAUGGGGACACAACUUCUGGAUAGAGGACGUGGGCCGUGCCCCCUGUGCAUCCCCACCCCCUGCUCCUCCAGACGGCUUUAUUACCUCAUACACAGCUCAUCUUAAACCAAUAGAAUCGCUCGGUGGACGAGAGUGUCUGACUCAGAUAUCUACCUCGGAGGGAGUUUCUGCUACUUUAGAGAAUUGUUGACUGGGCUUUGGGGUUGAACUUUUUUUUU